AUGGUGCGAUGCGACCGCGGGCUGCAGAUGCUGCUGACCACGGCCGGAGCCUUCGCCGCCUUCUCGCUCAUGGCCAUCGCCAUCGGCACCGACUACUGGCUCUACUCCAGCGCGCACAUCUGCAACGGCACCAACCUGACCAUGGACGACGGGCCCGCGCCCCGCCGCGCCCGCGGCGACCUCACCCACUCGGGGCUGUGGCGGGUGUGCUGCAUCGAAGGGAUCUAUAAAGGCCACUGCUUCCGGAUCAAUCACUUCCCAGAGGACAAUGAUUAUGACCACGACAGCUCCGAGUAUCUCCUUCGCAUCGUGCGCGCCUCCAGCGUCUUCCCCAUCCUCAGUACCAUCCUGCUGCUUCUCGGUGGGCUCUGCAUCGGCGCUGGAAGGUUCUACAGCCACAAGAACAACAUCAUCCUCAGCGCGGGCAUCCUCUUUGUGGCCGCGGGCCUCAGCAACAUCAUAGGCAUCAUUGUCUACAUUUCCAGCAACACCGGCGACCCGAGCGACAAGCGCGACGAAGACAAAAAAAACCAUUACAACUACGGUUGGUCUUUUUACUUUGGAGCCCUGUCCUUCAUUGUGGCCGAGACCGUGGGAGUCCUGGCUGUAAACAUUUACAUUGAGAAAAAUAAGGAGUUGAGGUUUAAGACCAGACGGGAGUUCCUCAAGGCUCCCUCCUCAUCUCCGUACGCCCGGAUGCCGAGCUACAGGUACCGGCGACGGCGCUCGAGGUCCAGCUCCAGGUCCACCGAAGCCUCUCCCUCCAGGGCGGCGUCCCCGGUGGGCCUGAAGAUCACCGGGGCCAUCCCCAUGGGCGAGCUGUCCAUGUACACGCUGUCCAGGGAGCCCCUCAAGGUGACCACGGCCGCCAGCUACAGCCCCGACCAGGAGGCCAGCUUCCUGCAGGUGCACGACUUCUUCCAGCAGGACCUGAAGGAAGGCUUGCACGUCAGCAUGCUGAACCGGCGGACGACCCCUGUGUGAGCUGCCCCUUCCUCUCAGCGCCGGCCUGUCCCCAGAACCGCUGUGUGGAUCCCACACGAGGGCACCUGCCCCUUAAGACGGACCAACGAUGGACGGAAGCCAAACCCACCCCUCCCUGGUCUCCAGCAAGUGUCGCGGGCUGGUUUGGUGCCAAGCCACCCGGGAGAUGGGAAGUGGAGGCGGAAGGCUGACUCUGUCCCCAGAGAGCAUGUUUGAUGCCCCGGGAUUCUGAAAUCUCCUGAGGCUGCACGGCCUGGAGUGACCCCCUGGGGAAGACAAAAUCGAGCCAUUAUCUCCUCUCAGAAAAAAAUUUUGC